AUGGGGCGGCGGCCUCGUCAAAGUGGCCACCUCCAGGGCCAAUUCCCCCUUCGCAGCGUGGUUCCUGCUCCUUGCUGUGUGGUACCUCGACACAGUCCCAGUCAUGACCCUUCAUCGGUGAAUGCCAGUUGGCCGCAGAUUUGGCCAUCUGGUUUGCCUCAGACGUCGGUCAUUCCUCCGACGGAACAUUGGCCUGAACCUGUCAGCCCUGUGAGUAAUCGUUCCACUCUGUCCCAAGGCAGCGGCACGAAUUCGGCAGCCACCACCAACGAUACUUCGGCCCUUGCAUAUGCUCGACAUCUGUCGCCGGAGGUGGACAGUCCUACAAGCUCGGUUAUAUCCAAUCUACAGACCAUCCAUGAAGCCUCUUAUGGAAAUGCGAGGUUGCGACAACCCCGACCUUUGGUGCCCGACCUCCUUCCGGAUACUAAUGUCCAGAUGACGCAAGAUGUGGUGGGCAUUGGCGAUCCGACCUUGGCCUACUACCCGCCAGAUUAUCUUCGACCACCUCAGUUCGUCUCUCCCCGAGAUCUAUCACCCGGGGACCAUCAGAGAUACCCACAAACCGCCGAGCCAUGGAGUACUCUACCGUUUCGUCACGAAGACCAUUGGUUCAAUGGGCAUGCAUACCGUGGCAAGAGCGAGACAAUGGAUUCUGUCUUGGGCAUGACAACUUCCCAAGCCAGACGGGACAGGGGCGGCGUUCGAACGGGGCCUCUGUCUAUGGAACAGAGGCAGCAUGCAAGUGACGUGCGUCGAGAAGGUGCUUGUCUCCGGUGUAUCAUCAUGAAGGAGAAGUGUGACACUCGGUUCCCCUGCAACACCUGCACAAGCAAGGAGCGGCGCAAGAUUCCCAAACAGUGUAUCCGGGCACGGUUUGACUGGAACGGGUGCAAGUUGAUGCUCUUCCCCGAUGAGUUGACCUGGCGGUUGAAGGCGGAGAAGCUCUUUUGCUACCUGCGCAACGGUUCAUUUGACUACUCAGCCCGACCCAAAUUCCAGAUUUCGCUGGACAUGAAUGUCGGAAUCCCUCUGAACGUCAUAGUCAAGGAGUUCUACCCUCUGGACCUGGCCCGGGAAAUCCGACAUGCCCAUUUCUUGACCAAAGAUGCGGAUGGCUCCAAAUCCUACAAGAAGUACCCGGUGUGGAGCCCCCCGAUCAUCAUGUUCAUCAAAGACGGGGAUCUGGAACGGCAAGUCAAGCUCGUCAGUCAGCAGAUCCCGGCCUUGUUUGAGCAGGUCUUGGACGACCCGGUGAAAUGGCCCGAGUGGACAACGAAGUAUUUCAUCGACCGCCGCGAAGACUUCCAAACCACCAUAUUGGAAUUGAUAGGACGCUACUAUCGGAAAGACCUCAAGGAGCACGCCAUCAUCAAGACGGCACUGAGUCUGCUGUGGUUUGAAUAUCUCCUGCUCAACAAGUUUACAAUCCCCCCGUCAGCCGUGCCGCAGCUGGAAACGAACCUGGAGUCCCCCCGACCCGCCGGGGCCCAUCAAGACAUUCAUGUGAUCCCCGACACGAUCAACCGCUUCCUCAAGGCCAUCAUCCUCCCUAUGGCGAUGGGGGCCGCCAGGAAAAUCACGGCCAAGCUACACGACAUGCUUUUUGCAAUGUCGGUGUCCCAGAAACUGGCCACUGCCCAGACGGACAUUGCUCUGUGUCUGGCGUUUGUGGUCCUGAUGUUUGUGGGCCGAACGCAGUCGUCGUUGGCACUUGAGGCCGACUCCCCCGCGCACGAGACCGGCGCAGAGUAUUCGUUCGCCGAAGCCGAGACCAAGAUCCGCGCCAUGGAGGAGUCGGUGUGCGAUUAUUUGGUGUCGUUUCACAAAUAUACGUUGAGCAGACGAUCUUCGGCCAGGUCUACUGCAGCACAGACGGCUGCACCUGCAUCGGCCAGAGGACGUAGAAACAGCGACUACAGCACCAACUCGGCGUGCGAGUUUCAUGCCCGACAAUUCGACCUGGUAGGCCGGCUACGAGGGGAGAUUGAGCACUCAUAUGCUCAAGAACGACCGGUAGAUUUCGAGUUGGGCCCGAUCGAUCUACGGACAUUUCCUUACAUGAAUGUCCGACGGCUUUGUUGGAAGCUGUUUCUCAAUGUGGAAAACGAUAAAGCGAGAUAA